GAAGAAAGCGAGGUUAGGUUCGCAAGCUUGGUUGAAUGCAGGCUGCAGGUUUUGUUGCAUGCCAAUCACAAACGCUUACUAUUUAAUAGUUUACAACUAAGUGUAAUUUAAUAUAACUAAGUGCUAAUUAAGUGAUCGAAGCUGACUUGUCAAGAAUUUAAUAUUCUUUCGUGUGCCUAAUUUUGUGUAUUCCGUGGAACAAGUUAUGAAUAACUAUUUGAGGUUAUUCUACAGAAGAAACUAGUGAAAAUUUGUUAGAACAUUAUUACGUUUCUUUAUAAAGCCUAAAAAUGAAGAGGUCACAUUCUAGAAGGGACAGAAGCGAUUAUGACAGAGAUCGUCAUAGACACAGUUCACGAGAUAGACAUUAUCAUAAUGAUAGAAGUAGUAAAAGAAACGAUCAAUACAGGAGAAACUAUGAUUCUGAAGAAUAUACAGGUGAAAGAUAUUAUGGACGACAAGAUGUAAAAAAAUCAAGAGAUCGUGAGAAAGAUGUCAGAAGGAAACCAGAAAAAGACAAAGUUAUUGAUAAAGAAAUGGAGAAAAAACAAGGUAAAAAUGCUCCUGAUGAAGCAACUGAAAGACAGAAUCGAACAGUUGAGUUAUUAACUUCGAGAACUGGCGGUGCUUAUAUUCCACCUGCAAAGUUACGUAUGAUGCAAGCAGAAAUCACAGAUAAAUCAGGAGCGGCGUAUCAGCGUAUUGCAUGGGAAGCCCUCAAAAAAUCUAUACAUGGUCAUAUUAACAAAGUUAAUGUUAGUAACAUUGGACUUAUAACUCGAGAGCUUCUAAAGGAAAAUAUUGUUAGAGGUAGAGGUUUGCUUGCUCGAUCUAUAAUUCAAGCUCAAGCAGCCUCGCCUACCUUUACUUCUGUUUACGCGGCUCUCACCGCAAUCAUCAAUUCAAAAUUUCCUAAUAUCGGAGAAUUAAUACUAAAACGUCUUGUAAUACAGUUCAAACGCGGUUUUAGAAGAAAUGACAAACCUCUUUGCAUAUCCUCCGGAACUUUUAUAGCACAUUUAGUAAACCAAAGAGUGGCACAUGAAAUUUUAGCAUUAGAAAUCUUAACGUUAUUGGUAGAGACACCAACAGAUGAUUCAAUCGAAGUAGCAAUUGCAUUUCUAAAAGAAUGUGGUAUGAAGUUAACCGAAGUAUCUAGGAAAGGUAUCGAAGCUAUAUUCGAAAUGUUAAGAAACAUAUUACACGAAGGGCAAUUAGAUAAAAGAGUUCAGUAUAUGAUAGAAGUUAUGUUUCAAGUACGAAAAGAUGGAUUUAAAGAUCACGAAGCUGUUCCAGAAGAACUUGAUCUCGUCGAAGAAGAAAAUCAGUUUACCCAUCUAGUUACACUAGAUGAAGCAACUGAUUCUCAAGACAUACUGAACGUGUUUAAGUUUGAUGCAGAAUAUAUCACUAACGAAGAGAAAUAUACACAAUUAAGUAAAGAAAUAUUAGGUUCGGACGCUAGCGGUUCAGAAUCCGAAGAAGGUGACGAAGAGGAAAGUUCGGACGAAGACAGUAGCACUGCCGUAGCAGAAGGGAAAGAAGAUGUAAUCAUAGAUAAUACAGAAACAAAUUUAACAGCUCUUAGACGAACGAUAUAUUUAACGAUACACUCGUCGCUUGAUUUCGAAGAAUGCGCACAUAAAUUGAUGAAAAUGCAGUUAAAACCUGGCCAGGAAACUGAACUUUGUCAUAUGUUUUUAGACUGUUGCGCGGAAAUGAGAACGUAUGAGAAAUUUUUCGGGCUUUUAGCUGGAAGGUUUUGUGCGAUUAAUAAAAUGUAUGUUACCCCAUUCGAACAAAUAUUCCGCGAUUCGUAUAAUACGAUUCACCGUUUAGACACAAAUAAGUUGCGUAACGUGUCAAAAUUUUUUGCUCAUUUAUUAUUCACUGACUCUAUAUCUUGGGAAGUAUUAUCUUGCAUUAAAUUAACCGAAGAAGACACAACAAGUUCGAAUAGAAUAUUUAUCAAAAUCUUAUUUCAAGAACUUUCCGAGUAUAUGGGAUUAUCGAAGCUUAAUCUACGCGUUAAAGACGUUACGCUACAAGAAGCGUUCGAAGGAUUGUUCCCCAGGGAUGAUCCAAAAAAUACUCGUUUCGCUAUAAACUUUUUUACGUCCAUUGGUUUGGGCGGGCUUACAGACGAUUUAAGAGAACAUUUAAAAUCUCACCCCAAACCCACUAUAAUACCUACCAUAGAAGAAAAAAGCGAAAGCGUUUCGAAUACCGACGAGUCUGUCCCCGGGAGUUCAAAUGCAUCAUCCUCGUCCUCGUCGUCAUCUAGUAGUUCAAGUUCGGACGAGUCAGACGCGUCUUCAGUCGAAGUGAUAAAACAAAAGAAAAAGUCACGGAAAGAACGAAAAAAGAAACAGGCUUCGAAACCCAAAAAACAGAAACAUAAGAAAAAAGAAAAGCGUAAAACAAAAAAGUCCAAGUAGAACAUUUUUGCACGAAUAAUGUUUCCCUCGCCUCUGUGGUUCCGAUCAUUUUCUAAAUGAUACAUUUAGAAACCCUGUAAAUACACUGUUAACGAGAGUAUGCAACUUUUGUGGCCGAUUAUACAAAUAAAUACCUAUAACAUAAUGUAUAUAUUUAUCAUAAUGUUCUUCAAACAUUUCUUAUUUUGAAUAAAGAUAUUUUUAUCAAUAA